UCCCGUAGCCCUUUUCCCAGAAGAAGCUUGGCCAGGGGUAUAUAGGCUGAAAUGGGUCGAAAAUAUCUUAAGUUUGAGCUCGGGGACUCAGUGCUGCGUCACCACCGCAUGGUUGCUUGAAACCUGCAGAAGAUCUGACAUUCUUCGAAAAAACUUUGUCUGCACGUUCAAGAGUCUUCACAAAAUUCACCGCAAGCUGCACACGGGAAGGUUGAACAUUCGUCACAGUCAUGGCAGAAUCACUAACACAGGCGAUUGACGACACCACCCUCGACUUGGGCCAGUUUCUGUCCAACUUCCCCAUUCCCACGCCGACACAGUUUGCGAUCCCGCAGCCGUCAGACGCCGUGUUCCCGACACCGCCCACCUCACCGCCAAACAUGACCAGCACCUGGGGACUGGUCAAGUCGGAGCUGCCGUCCAGCUGCACGCUGCAGAGUGAGCAGGCAUCCUUCACUGAGCUGCAGACGGCUCAUGCCAACUACAUGCCCAUCCAGAACCAGUUCAACUGGUGCAACAGCCACCCCAUGAACUGGUCCUACCAACAAGUGCGCGGCUUCCUCACCUGGGCGGUCGCCGAGUACGAGCUGCCGCCGCACGAGAUCAACUUUGAGCACUUCCGCGUCAACGGCGCCAAGCUGUGCAUGAUGAGUAGGGAGGAGUUCUCCCUGCUGUGCCCCAACUAUGGAGACAUCUUGUACCUCUCCAUCGGCAAGGUGCUGGAAGAAGCUCAGUACCUCUAUGAUCCAACCCCUGCCUUCUGUGAAGGCCCCAGUGACACUACUAUGUCAGAGUCAGUACGUGCUAUGCAUGAGGAGAUGAUGAACAUGGACUUUAUCCAAGCCCCAGUGGACGACCUGCCUAUGCAGGACCUGUUCCCAGACUGUGGCGGGAUCACCGCUGAUGACAUCGAUGUCAACGACAAGUUUGAGGAUGUCAACGUUGAGCUCAGCGACUUCCCACCCAGCCCGACCGCUUCAGACGAGUCCUACUCAUCCAUGUCACCCGGGCCCACCUCACCGUACUACUGUAGCAGUGAAUCAGACUACAGCAGUGGUGACCGGACCUUGGGUAACCUCUUCAUGCCACGGUAUGAGACAAGUGACGGGGACUCAGACCACGACAGCUAUGGCUCCUCUCCCCGCCGGAGCUACACAGAUGAGUUGCACAUGUAUGACGACUCUGACAAAGAAGUCAAACCCACGGUCGACUUCUCUGUGCAAAACGCACCAAUCAACAUGAAGAUCAAGCCUGCCGGAGCCCCCGAGAGGAGGGCCCGUGGCCGCCCGAGGAAGGUGCGCACAGUGACGGAGGAAAUGCUCACCACAGGGAAGAGAGGCCGCCAGCACAGUAAGGGUAACCACCUGUGGGAGUUUGUGAGGGACCUGCUGAAGAACCCGUCCACCAACCCAAAGGUCAUCAAGUGGGAGGACAGGCGUGAUGGCAUCUUCCGCUUCGUCCAGUCCGAGGCCGUCGCCAACAUGUGGGGCCGCAAGAAGAACAAUCCCAACAUGACCUACGAGAAGCUGUCACGUGCUAUGAGGUACUACUACAAGCGUCAGAUCCUGCAGCAGGUGCCUGAGCGCCGCCUAGUGUACAAGUUUGGUCCUGCAGCUACUGGGUGGCAGGACAAUGAGUAGUGGUUUCCAUGGUAACACUGUGCCCUUUGUUCUGACCAUGCCGCCCCUUGUGCUUCAGGUAUUACUACAAGCGUCACAUCCUGGAGCGCGUAGAUGGCAAGCGCUUGGUCUAUCGCUUCGGAACCGAGGCCAAGGGGUGGAGGGAGAACGAGUAGCUCUGUGUUACCAUGGCAACUGCAAACAUCCCGCAGUUACGGCGAUGUUGAUCUUACCAGAACGUGCCCAUGGUUGAAGUUACAACCAUGGCAAAAAGUCCGCUUGGCAUUCCCUGGCAAAAUUUAAUGUGAAGCACCAAGUGUUCACUAGAUUUGGUCGUAUACGUUUAUAUUUUAUUCUAAAAGAAGUUAUUAUGUGGUGUGUGUUUUAAUUUUAUUUUAAGUACUGUGUAGACGAAGUAUUUGUUUGGUAAAAGGUUUGAAAAAUAAGUUUUUUUUAAGAAAAUGUGUGCAAAAUGGAACAAUUUUAUUAUUAUUUUGGUUGAUAUUUGAUUGGUCAAGUUAUGGCCACAGAACCAGUGACUUUUCUAGAAUUUGAGAAGUCCUAGAUGUCAUAUUCAAGUAAUACACAGUAUCAUAUAUUAUGAAAACUGUGUGUAUUCGUGGGAAUGGCUUUAGUUAAGCAUUAGUUGAUGUUGUCAAAGUAUCCCAAAACAUUGUGAAAUUUCUAAACAAUUGAUGUCAUAAAGUUGAUUGGAUGGUUUUCUGUCUGCCAAAUGCAUCAGUGGGUGUACAUGUGUUGCUGGCAUUUUACUUCAGAAAAACACCAUCCCAUUGGAAGGAUUUUUAUACAGGAUUCAUUGAUAACUCAACUAAGAUCUAUGUACAUAAUGUAUAUAUUCUUAUAUUCUAUUGUAUUGUAACAUUUUCAAAGGUGUAAGAUUGAUUCUACAGUUAAGAGAUAUGUAUUUUUUAUAUUAUCUGUUGUUUCAGUCAUAUCUAUCAACAUUUCUAACUUUGAACAAUAUUAUCAAGUACUGACAUGACUAAGAAAUGUAUGGCUAAUCUAAAAGGUAAUCUUAGUGGUAACAAUAUGCAGGAUUGUAAGGCUAAUAGGAUGAAGACUUUAUGAUUGUGUAAUGUGCUAUCAAUAUGAUUGCAAAUGUUUUAAUCACGCCUACAUAUAAAGUGGUGUAUGUAUCAUGGUUUUAUAUCAAUAAAUGUUAAAAAU